CCUCUUAAAUCCGACACAAGGGCAGGCUUUAAGACCGCAGGGUGAACUGGAAGUUGGGCGGGCGUGGGUGGAAUCUGCCCCGUCUGACGCUGCGUGAGCUCAGCCAUCAAAACAUUUCAAUAUGCGUAAUUUAUCUGCUAUUCUUUCUGAAUCGUCUCUGCGCACAAUCAUGCAGCUUUGCAGCAGGCAGUCCGUUUUAAAUCCGAGGCGCAGACCCCAAAACCGCGGACGACGAGUCAGCACUCCGGUAUGAAGUUGUCCAGCAUGAAGUUGUGGAUCAGGGUCGGUGCGCUCCGGCGGAGGAUGCUUUGCCUCUGGCUGCUGCUCCUCACUUUCGCCUUGUUAACUUUGCUGUUCUCGGACCUCUUUAACCGAAACGGGGAUCGCUCUCAACAGAAUCCCAGCCCUCCCCGUCGUCCUCUCCAAGGAAUCCCAAUUUCACCCGAUCUGGAGGUUAUGGUGGACUCCAAAGAUCCGGCCUUAGAGCUCAGUAUGGACCUCGCCCCGCUCAACUCUCUCCAAGAGGAUCAGUUGUUAUUCGUGCCAUCAGCGCAGCAGAACACCAGGGAGCCGCCUCAGAAAAAGAGGAUUUACAAAGUGUUUCUGCCGGGUGUAAACAAGGACGCAUCCACGCCUGCUCCCCUGACGCACGAGGAAAUGGGGAAAGAACUUCGGCUUAACCUGGAUAGUUUCGGGAAAGAUUUGGAGCUUGCUGCCGUGAAGAAGUACGGUUUUAACGAAGUAGUCAGCGAGAGGAUUUCAUUGCACCGGCGGCUCCCUGACGCGCGCCAUCCUGAGUGUGUGGGGAAAGAAUACAUCAUGUCACUACCGUCGGCCAGCAUCAUUAUCUGUUUCCACGACGAGGCGUGGUCCACGCUCCUGCGCACCGUGCACAGUGUGCUGGACACCGCCCCUAAACGGUUCCUGCACGAGGUCCUGCUGGUGGAUGACUUGAGUCAGCAUGGUCAUCUAAAGAGUGUCCUGAGUGAGUAUCUAGCUCAUCUGGACAGGGUGCGUUUGAUUCGCAGCAGUAAGCGCCUGGGAGUUGGAGGAUGUCGUUCUCUAGGUGCUGCCAGGGCUGCAGGGGAGGUGCUGGUGUUCAUGGACUCCCACUGCGAAUGCCAGAGAGGCUGGCUGGAGCCCCUGCUGGAGAGAGUGACCCAGGACAGGACCAGAGUGGUGUCCCCAAUCAUUGAUGUGAUUGACUGGCAGACUUUCCAGUACAAUGCCACCCAGUGGCCAGUUAGGGGAGUGUUCGACUGGAGACUUGACUUCCAUUGGGAUUCAAAUCCUCAACUUCAGGAAGAAGACUCAGACUGGGGCUGUUCAGCCUGUGAGAGUCCUGCUUUAGGAGGCGGAGUUCUGGCUGUGGAUAAACAUUUUUUCCAGAGUGUUGGAGCCUAUGACCCAGGGAUGCUGCUGUGGGGAGCGGAACAAAUAGAGCUGUCAAUCAGGGUGUGGUCAUGUGGGGGCUCCAUGGAGGUGGUGCCAUGUUCCCGUGUGGCCCACCUAGACCACCACCACAUACCUUAUCAAAUCCCAGACCAGGAGCAGACUCAGAAAAACAAGAUCCGCAUUGCAGACACCUGGAUGGACACGUACAGGAAGAUUUACUACAGGAGAGACACACAAGCUCACUUCAUCAGACAGUCCGAGAACCCAAACAUCACAGAGCACCUGAGACUGAAGAGGAACCUGGGCUGCAGGAAUUUCCACUGGUACCUGACUGGUGUCUAUCCACAGCUCUACAUCCCUCAAGAUAGACCUGCACUGUCAGGCGAGCUGUACAACGUUGGCACCAGCAGCUGUGCGGACUACCCUCGGGGGCGAGACCCUCAUGGCGGAGCCAUGAUGAUAGCUCCGUGUAGCGGCACAGGCAGCCAGCACUGUGAGCUGAACAGUCAGGGUGAAGUCCGAUGGGGACCAAUGGAGGAUUUGUGUUUGGACGCCAAAGGAGACAGCGUGGUCCUUUCGCCCUGCCCCGCCCAUCAACAAACUAACAGCAAACUCCAGUGGAAAUUCAUAAAGCUGAGCGGUCAGCUCGUUCACCAGGAGUCCCAGCUUUGUCUGGAAGCCGUGAAGGAGGAAGGCUUCCCAGAAAACCAUGCUGGCCAGCCAAGAGGCAGUAGCACCCAAACCAUCAGAGGACGUCUGCUCCUGCGCCGGUGCAUGCACCACCCGAGACAACAGUGGCAUUUUGAGCAGCUUGUGGCACCUAAAGGUGUCUGAUGAAGAAAGUACGGUCGGAUUGUUAUGACUGCACAUGAAGAAGCACACAUGACGAAAUGGUGUAUAAAAUAUCAUAUUUUAAGUUCUUUUGGCUUCUUUCUUUUUCACUCAGGGUUGCCGCAACAGGUCCAAUAUGAGUCUACAUGUUGAUUUGGCACAAGUUUUACACUGGAUACCCUUCCUGAUGCAACUCCACAGCACAUGGAGAAUGGGCACAAGUGGUCCUGUCAUGUUAUGCUGUUUUAAAGAUGGCAGAAACCAUUUAAGGGCUUUAAAUCACAAUCAGUGUUAUAGUGCCUUGAUGCUUUGUCUUGUCCUUAAGGUACCUUAAGACCCUUUUUUCCCCAGGCCUUGAUGUUGGUUGAAUUGUACUUGAGGAUUCAAAAUCUUGGUAAUCUCAAGAAAAUUCAAAGGAUUUUCAAGGCACACAGAAUUUCACUACUAUUUAGGUACUUAAGCUGCAGAAUACAGAAUAUUGCUUGAGGGACAAAACCUUAGCCAUAGCCUUGAAAGGUCAAAACCUUGACCUUGAGAGAUAAAACCUUGGCCAUGGCCUUGAGUAGUCAAAGGCUUAGCCAUGGCCUAGAGGGGUCAAAUUCUUAGCAUUAAGGGACAAAGCCUUGGCCAUAGCCUAGAGGGGUCAAAUUCUUAGUCUUGAGGGACAAAACUUUGGCCGUAGCCUUGAAAGAUCAGAACCUUGACUUUGAGGAACAAAGCUUUGGACAUGGCCUUGAGUAGUCAAAGCCUUGGCCAUAGCCUUGAAAGGUCAGAGCCUUCACUUUGAGGGACAAAGCCUUGGCCAUGGCCUUGAGCAGUCAAAGCCUUAGUCAUGUGGGAUAAAGCCUUGGCCAUUGGCUUUGAGGGGUUAAAGUCUUAGCCUUGAGGGACAAAGCAUUGGCAUUUUGGGGUCAAAGCCUUAGUCUAGAGGGAUAAAGCCUCGGCAUAGCCCUGAAGAGUCAAAGCGUUGGGUGUGGACUUGAGAGGUCAAAUCUUUAUCUUUGAGGGACAAACCCUUGGUCUUGAGGGGUAAAGGCCUUCCUCUUGAGGGUUCAAAUACAUGGCCUGCACCUUGGUCAAAGCUUUGGCUUUGAAUCUUCAGGGUUUGGACAUUGACUACAACACUGUUGUUAAUAAACAGUUUUAUGUAACAGAAAGCAGAAUCAACAUCAAAAACAUUGGACUUGAAUUAGCAAAGUUUCAUGACAGGGAUUGUACCUAUCAUCCUACAGGUCUAAGGCCAGGUUUAAACACAAGAAAAUGAUCAAAUCUAAAUCAACAUUUUAUUGUGUGUAGUUUCAGGGUUUUUUGUUACAUUAUCACCAAACAGCAGAGGGAGCCUUCUGCCUUCUUAAUCCACCUCAAGGUCAUGAUUUCAUUUUUUCAUUACAGAAGAAUAACCUCCUUGUAUAAUUCACCCCCGAGUAUUUAAAUCAAACUGUUCUUUUAUCGGUUGC